AUGAUUCGUAUAACUAACAUAGAAACGUUACCUAAUGAAAUUCUUCUGUAUAUUUUUUCUUAUCUAUCUUGGUUUGAUAUGUUAACGUCUUUAUGGUCAUUAAAUAUUCGUUUCAAUUCUCUUGUAUGUUCAACUCUUUCUAUAAAUGAUAAUCUAUUGACAUUAGGUUUAUCUUAUAAUAAAUGUUCAACAUUAUUUCCAUUGAUUUUCAAAUCAUCAUCACUUUCUUCAUCUAUUCAACAUAUUCAUAUUGAUGAAAGAAAUUCAAUGACUUGUGAUCUUAUUUAUCAAUGGUUAUUUAAUGAUAAAAAAAUUCUUCAUUUUCCAAAUCUUAAAUCACUUAUUCUUAUUGAAUAUCAAAAAUCCAUCGAACCAAUAUUUCAAUGUUNUAUCAAAUAA